GAAAAACAAGUGGAGAACGUAUGUCAUCCGUCAUCGUGUAAAGAUAAUCCUGCAUAUCUUUUGUGAAGAAAAUCACAAACAUCAACAAGAAUUUUGAUAUUGAAUUUCAGCAACAACUAAACUUGAAAUUUGUAUUAGUGAAUCUCGUGAUAUUAGCAAAUGACAGAGCUCUCGACUAAAAUGAGGGAAGAAACUGAAAAUAAAGAAAUUACUGAUGCAAAUGCCUUCUUGAGAGAACGAUUUCUUUAUUUUCUUUCUUCAAUAUGUGGUAAGAAGGAAUGCACAUUUGAGAUGUAUGAAAAUACUGUUGUGAGGGGUACCAUCAAAGCCGUGGAUCUUGAUUUCCUUAAUAUUAUUGUAGAAAAUCUGAAGACUCCGAUGUCAGAACCAAUCAGCACGGGUAUUUUGAGACCUAGUGAUGUAUUGACUAUCUCGUAUAAAUAAAUACCUUGCAGAAAGUAAUAUUAAAUUAUAGAAUUUACCAAAAAUAUUAUCCUACAUACGCCUAAAAAGAUCAAACAAAAAAUUGGUACCUUUUGAAAAAGAUUCC